AUGUCCAAAAUAACUAAUUUUUUACCUAGAUUCAUGAAGUACCAAAAACCACGAACAAAUGUACGUUACUUUACAACAACUUAUAAAUGUUUUUUGUCAAAUGAUAACCCAGAAGCCACACAAAUAGCCUCUUCCCUUGAACAACGAGAUACAAAGAACUCCAAUGAAGAAAUUUUGGAUGCCUACCAGGAGAAACUCAAAUAUUCAACACUUUUAACAGAAGGCAAAGCAAGUAGAUAUGGUAAUUUCAACCUAACUCGAGGUAUAAAUGGAGUUUAUGACAUAGAAGACCUAAUUGAAGUCUUAAAAAAUCAACAGGCUGAAGAAAUUUUCGUAGCUAACACCCCCAAAGAACUAAAUUAUGUUGAUUACAUUGUAGUAGUUUCUGGAAGAUCACAAAGACAUAUGCAAGCCAUUGCACAAUUUGUUAAGAGAAUCUAUAAACACAAGAGAUAUAGUUUGGAUAUGCUGCCUAAAAUCGAAGGAGAAAAUUCCCCAGACUGGAUAGCCAUGGAUAUGGGGAAUAUUGCUCUGCAUAUAUUUUCCAGUAACAGUAGGUUGGUUUAUGAUCUUGAUUCUUUGUGGGCGGUAGGGCCCAACUAUGAUGAAAAGUCUAAUAGAAAGGAAGCUUUGUCUAGUUUAUUGGAAAGUCAUACAUUGUCUAUGGUAGGUUUAGAACCAGCAAAAUAAAAUGGUUAACUAUCUAUAAAUAUUUAUUUUAUUAGAAAAAUUUAAAUAAUUAGUUACAUUUUGUAGAACAUUUGUAUCUAUCUACCCAUAAUCACGUAUGUUAUAUCUACAGGAUUUUUUAUUUAAAAAAAAUUGUAAAUUUUAGUGUAUCUUGUAAAAUGUUUUGUUGUUUUGUCACCGUCAACAGCGAGA